AUGGCUUCGUCUUUGGGAAUCCAGUCGUUCGAUCGCCAGCACCAGAAUCCGUCGACCAUCUUUCGGCAGGGCUUGAUAACGCCCACCACGCCCUGCUACCAUCACGAAGGCAACACCAACAACGACAGCAAGGGGGGAAGCAGUGGCAGUCCGAGACCAGCCGCCGCGGCAUCUCUAUCCGCUCUAACCAAUGCAAUGAGCAUGUCGGCUAUCGACAGCCCUCCAGACGAGGAGGACAUUGGCUUCUCGCUCGAGGAGUUCGCGAAGAGCUACGUACCGCUGUCACACCUGCCUACACCGCCGCCGUCGGCCGCAUGCUCGGUAGAUCUCCAUGCCGAGCGUGAAGUCGGGGGGCACUUAGUGGAAGCCGAGUUCUGGGGCCCAGCAAAGUAUUUAGUCAGCAUGAUACCGCGCAACGCAUUCCGGGAGCCUCCCUCGGUCACGAUGAUGGCGGUGAUCCUGCAGAACGCGAAUGUGCGGCUUUCGGUGGUGUCCCUUGCCGGCUGCAUUCUCGACUGCCUAUCCGACCAGUUCGUGAAGCUGUGGCGACGGCGGUGCUGCGAUGCUGCCGACGGUGCCGAGGCGGAGCUGGGCGAGGUCCUAGCUGUGGCCGCACUCGCCAUCAGCAUGAAAUUCCUUGAGGAUUCGGCAUACACCAACAGACUCUGGACACAUAACAUCUGCUCCGACAUCUUCCCACUGAAGGCGUUCAACCUGACGGAGCGCCUGGUGCUGCACGACAUCGACUACUGUCUGCACGGCAUCUCCUCGCCUGAGCAGAUCGGAGAGUGCUCCGACCGGCUGAAGCAGUUCACUGCCGAAGCUGCCGGCUUCAGACCACACCAGCAGCAGAAGCAGAAGAAGAUGGAUGAGCCGGCUGGGUACUUUGAGGCGAGGACUGCUUGGUUCUAG